AUGGAAAACAUCCCUGAAGUCAUGUAUUUGGCCAAUAAAUACAUGGUCGCCGAAUGCAUGGAUGCAUGUACCAAAUAUCUGACUGACAAUUUAACAACAACUAACGUUUGUUGGGUCUAUGAAUUGGCCAUACUGCACGAGCGCCAACAAUUGAAGCAAAUUUGUGAUGAACACAUCACUUCGAAUGCUGAAACAUUACUAAAAUCGGAUGAAUUUCUCUCUUGCAGUCAAAAAUCGUUGCGUGAAAUUCUGAAAAUGGACCUUCAUUGUAAAGAAUCAAUUGUAUUUGAUCGCUGUUUGGCCUGGGCAAAGAAUGCAUGUCAACAAAAUGGCUUAGACGAAAAUGAUGGAUCGAAUUUGCGAAACCAACUGGGCAAGUGUUUGUUCUUGAUUCGAUUUGGAACAAUGAGAAUUCAGGAAUUUUCGGAAGCCACGCUCAAGUGUAAAGGCAUGUUUACAGCUGAUGAAUUGUGUGAUGUAAUGGGUUCUAUAACAUUGAAUGGAUUUUUUUCGAAGAAAUUCAAUCAAGUACCACGACGUUUUUGGGACGAAAGCAAAGUUUGGAGGUGUAAACCCAAACCACUAAAACGUGUCGCUUUUCAAAUUCAAUUCCUUGAAUCUGUUUUCUUUACAUCGAAUAAGAUGACGUUGCUUGGCGGAAUAUAUAUUCCGAACGUAUGGGGUGAAAGAUCCUUUAGUGCUAAAGCCACAGUUGUGGAAAUAAAAGGCCAUUCAUUUGCUACCGAAGCUGGAACCAUUCUAUUUGAAGAGGAUAAGAAUUUUGUUUGCAAUGCAGAAGGAUAUGUAAAGCUACCGACACCAAUCAUAAUCAAUCCAAGCAAUUCAUACGAAAUUUGUUUGGAAGUUACAUCAACCACUGUAAACCUCCUUACUUCCAAAUGGGAUCUUGGCGAAGUACCAUCAAUGAAUGGUUUAAUCAUUAAAUUUAAACAUAUAUAUUUAAAUAGCGUUCAUAUGAGUUUUGGCUUGGAGUUAAUCGACUUUUAG